UUCUGGCUGACUUUCAUUUCAAAUCGAAGCUGCUACAUUCAGGCACUCGAACAAAAUUCCACUUGCUCCGGAUCCCCUUUGUUUGUCCAUUUCGAGGUGGCAACCACGAUGCAGCGGAGGACCCGAUCGACCCAGCUCGACCUGCCGCCGCUCCGCAAUCGGCGUCGCAACCGCAUCAGGAGCGGAUGGGAGCCGCAGCUGGCCGAGCCGGAGGAGGAGGAGGAGCGCAGGAUGGACGACCGGAUGGUGGAGGAGAGGAUGUGCUGGAUCUGCCUGACCGGCGACGAGGAGCAGCCCCGCCGGGACUGGCUGCAUCCGUGCCGCUGUCGCGGAUCGGGGCAGUGGGUGCACGAGGCCUGCCUGAGUCGCUGGAUCGACGAGAAGCAGAUCCUGGCUCCGGAUGGACCCGUGUCCUGUGCCCAGUGCCGCACCGAGUACAUCAUCGUGAUGCCGCCGCUGUGCCGCUUCGAUGCCCUGCUGGUGCGACUGGAGAAGUGCUACGAGCGACUCUGUCCCAGCGUCCUGCUGGGCAUCCUGGCCGCCACCGUCUACUUCUGGGCGGUGACCUACGGAGCACUGACCCUCCUCGAGCUGGCCGGCUACCAGGCGGGGAUGAAGCUGCUCGACGAGGAUCCCACGCUCCUGAUGAUCCUGCUGCCCCUGGUGCCGACCGCUCUGCUUCUGGGCAGGAUGGUCCGCUGGGACGACUGCCUCGUCCGUUGGCUGCGCCGCCACCACCGGCUGGCCAUUCCGGAGGAGCAGCGCGACUCCCAGGGGGAACCCCUGCCCGGCGCUCCCCUCGAUGAUGAGUACUUCGAUGCCCAGUCCGAUUCGGAGAUCCAGCUGAUCGGCAGUCCCCUGGGCGUGGAGCAACUGGGACGCGCCGCCUCCAGCUUCUGCGUGGCCCUCGGCCUGCCCACCGUCGCCCUGAUCCUCGGCAGAACCCUUUACGGGCGGAUCUACGGGGAGAGCAAGCCGCUGGGCAUCCUCCUCGGUGGAGUGACCUUCGUGGCCGCCAAGGGAUUGGCCUGCGUUUACCUGAGGCACUCGCAGUACCAUCGAAAGCGCCUCCGCUUCGUGAAGGACUACGUUGCUCCAUCCACGAGGAACUGAAGCCAUCCGGAGGCCAUCCGGAGGAACCCACCUUGAUCUCCACACUCCACACUCACUGUCAUUCUCCACUCUGUGUCCAUAGCCAAGAAUAAACUCAGCUCGCAAUGCAA